AAUCUGUUUCGCAACGUGUUCUGUGCAUAGUUCCGUGAGCUUGCCACGGCUACCGACGGCUCCGAGCCUGACAGGCCAAGGCUGGCAGCGAGUGCGUGCGGCAUAGCGUCUGCCUGGCACUGCCCACGGCCGGACGCGUUCGGCGCAUACGACGUUUGUCUGCCCCAACGGCGCGCGUGUUGGAUUACGUGAUGGCCUUCCGCGCAGCAUCAGCACCGCGCGUCCGGUGCAUGUGGUGACAUCCGCCGCGACGCCGGCUUGAGGAGCUGUUGCUGCGCGCCAGACCUCCGCAAUGCGCUGGCAGCCGGCGGCGACGUAGGCACGCCGUCUCGUCAUGUGCAACAUGGAAUCCAGCGAUCGUCCCCGCGUCGGCUUCUGGUGGGGUGACAAGAAGAGCCGCGAGCUCAGCACGGAGGACUUCAAGCAAGCCUGCGCGUCCCAUGGGCUGGAACUGGUGAAGUUGGACCUGACUCGUCCCCUCGAGGAGCAGGGACCACUGGCAGCUAUCGUGCACAAGUUCUGCGACAUCCUUGUGCGAGCUGACCAUGGCGACACCGAGUGCCAGCACAUCACAGCCGAGUUUGAGCGCUUUUGCCGAGCCCACCCGAGCGUGGUGGUUGUCGACCCCCUGGAAAAUGUGCGGAAGGUGCUCAACCGCUUCCACCAGUACCGCCUGGUCGAGCAGAGCCCCCUGGCCACAACAGAAUGGAUGUUUGUGCCGCCCUUUGUGGAGCUCACUGGAGCAGACAUGGAAGCUGACCGGGCAACACUACGACAGCACAGGGUCCAGUUCCCCAUUGUGUGCAAGCCACUGGUAUCGCAUGGCAUGAAGAGGGCCCACCAGAUGUGCCUAGUAUUUGGUGAGCAUGGCUUGGCAAACCUGCCGGGCCCCUGCGUGGCCCAGCAGUUUGUGCCCCACGAGGGACGCCUGCUCAAGGUGUACGUGCUGGGACAGCGCUACCACCUCACGUGGCGGCCAUCACUCAAGGACUUUGUGGCUGACGACUCACCCACCAUUUUCUUCAACAGCCAGGAUGUGUCCAAGCCGCACUCCAGCUCCCCGCUCAAUGCCGAAGCUGCUCUGGAUGGGGCGCCAAUGCCAUGCCCGCGAAAACUUCGUUUUGUGGUGGACACAAUGAGGCAGCAGCUUGGGCAGAGACUCUUUGGCAUCGACAUCAUUGCAGAAAGGGACACCGGGCGGCUCUGCAUCAUUGAUGUCAACAACUUCCCUGGCUACGAUGGGGUGUCAAGCUUCCUGGACCAGUUGAGCAGCAUGCUUGCGGAGCUUGUUGGCUCCGAGCUGCCAGACUCGGGCAUCGACACUUCUGAUUCGUCAGACGAGACUCCUCGUCGACUGCACCACUGACUGGCAACUUACUGGCCCGCUGACACGAGCACAUGUACGUCGCGGUCAGUGUGCAGCAUGCGUGCAGCACGUGAGCUUCCCACAACAGCUGCCAGGGGCAGCGCAUCCUGGCGACAGAAGAGGCUGGUGCAGCCAU